UUAUUUUCACUGGCUUCAGUAUCUCGUGUUUUUCAUCCAUUCAACUUGUUUAACUUGUGUACUGUUUAAAUCACAUGUAUUGACUUGGCAUUUUAAUUAAAUUAAUAGUUCUUUUCUUCAAUAAUUAUGGAAUAUUUACCGGCCGAUGAAAUCACCCAAACACAGGUGAAAAUAUUAUGUUGUGUUUGUGGUGUAUUAAUCGAUACAAACCCAUCAAAUAUGUGUGCGGCAUGUUUGAAGUCUAACUUCGAUAUAACCAAGGAUAUCCCAAAAUCUAGUAAUUUGUACUUCUGUCGAGGAUGUGAAAGAUAUCAACACUCCCAAGGAAAUUGGAUUUAUUGUGAACUCGAGUCUCGGGAGCUUCUGACACUUUGCCUUAAGAAAUUGAAAAAUUUAAGCAAGGUUCAUCUUACAGAUGCUUCUUUUGUUUGGACUGAGCCACAUUCAAAGCGACUCAAAGUGAAACUCACUGUGCAGCAAGAAGUUGAUGGUGGAACAAUCCUACAACAAGUUUUCAUUGUAGAAUACGUGGUUAAUAAUCAAUUCUGUGAUGCUUGUCAUCGAAGAGAAGCAAAAGAUUUUUGGCGAGCCUCGGUACAAGUUCGACAAAAAGUUGGGCAUAAGAAAACAUUUUUCUACCUUGAACAGUUGAUUCUUAAACACAAAGCACACACUAACGCUGUUUCAGUUAAGGCAACAACCGAAGGAGUUGAUUUCUUCUUUGAUAAAAAAGACGACGCAAGAAAAUUUGUUGACUUCCUACAAAAUGUUGUACCUUGUCGGUAUAUUCCUUCCCAGCAAUUGAUUUCGCACGAUACGCAUAAUAAUACCUACACUUACAAGCAUUCGUUUUCUGUUGAAAUCGUCCCCAUUUGUAAAGAUGAUUUAGUUUGUCUUCCUCCAGCUCUCGCCGCUUCUCUAGGAAACAUUGGACCCUUGUGUUUGUGCCUCAGAGUCACAAAUAACAUCUAUUUACUAGAUCCCUUCACUUUAAGACAUGCUGAGCUAAGUAAUCAAAAUUAUUGGAGAUACCCUUUCAAGGCUUUAGCGAGUACCAAGCAAUUAACAGAGUACACUGUGAUUAGUAUUGAUAUAAUUAACAGAAACCAAAUUCCUGGCCACCAGAAAGCUCAUUUAUCAUCGAAGCAUAUGCUAGCCGAUGCUUAUGUACAGCGUUCCUGUAAUCUUGGAAGUAAUGAGGAUGAAAUUCACACUCGUACUCAUCUAGGUCAUCUCUUAAGUCCACUUGAUAGAGUGUUGGGUUAUGAUAUGGGCAAUGCCAAUUGGAAUGAUACGUAUUUCGAAAAAUUUGAAGAUGCAAAUCGUGACAACAUCCCAGAUGUUAUAUUGGUUAAGAAGUUCUUCGGCGACAGAGCCAUUCGAAAACGACUCAGGCGUUGGAAAUUGAAACGAAUAGAGGUUAUAGAUGAGACAGCUAGCUCAGAAGGAGGUGAUAUCGCUGAAUUUAUGGAUGACUUGGAAGAAGAUCCUAUGCUUCGAGAAAAUGUUAAUGUUUACAUCGACAAGAAAAAGAUUGCCUCUGAAAUGGCUGUUGACGUUGAUGAUCUCGAACACGAAGGAAUACCUCAAAUCACUUUACAAGAAAUGUUAGAGGAUCUAGAUAUUGAUGAUGAAUAACCCUAUUUUGAUUGAUGGAUUAAAUAAAUUAAACUUGAUGGAAGAA